UUGCGGGAGGUGGAAGAACAGCAUCUUCAGUCUGAGCAUUGUGUGCGUGACUUGAAAACUGCCUUGGAUAGUAAGGAAAGAGAAGUAACGGCUUCCUCCCAGAAACUGCAGGAUGUCCUGGUGGCAUUUUCUGACAGUAAGACUACUGUCAAACAACUGGAAGAACACGUGCAGCGCCUUGAAAUUGAAAAUGCCGGAUUGGAAGCCACAGUCCAGCAACAAAGCAAGAGGACUGAAGCCCUUCAGAGAGACCUGCAAGCCUCUGCCUCAGUUCAUAACUGCCUGGAAGACUUGAUAACUGGCUUACAGACAACACAGGCAGCUGUAGAGGACCACCACCAUCAGCAGAUGCAAAAGCAGAAUGUGUUGGCUCUCACGUCAAAGGACUCGCACAGCAUGUGGGAGGAGCAGUUGAAGACAAGAUCCCACCUUGAAGAACAUGUUGCUCAGCUUGACAGGGAAAAGGCCAAACUCCUGGAACAGUAUGAGAGUGAAAGAAAGAAAGUGAAGAAGCUGGUAGAGUUGAAACGCCCAGUCGAGCAGCGUCUGGACCAAGAAAUGAAAAGAAACGUUGAACUGCAGGAAGACUGUAAGAGGUUGAAAAGGCUUCUGAGCAGAGCAAUGAAGAAACUAAGGUUGUAUGAAGAGAGAGAGAGAGAAUCCCAGCUUAAUUUGCAGGGAGAAAUGAAGAACAGAUAUUCUGAAAUGGUCAAUGAAGUUGGUAGAUUAAGAACAAAGGUUGGUGAACUUUCCCAGCAGCUGGAGACAGAGUCUAAGAAAUGCAUGCAACUAGAAGUAAAAAAUCAAGAUUUGCGAGAAGAGUUGUCCACCAUGCAUGGGAACCAUGAAAAACUGGAGAAGACCAAAUGCCAGCUGAAAGAAGAGGUGGCUAGCCUCAAACAUCGUUUGGAGACUAACAUGGUGGAUUAUAGCCAAAUGGAACAAUAUAAAAGAGAGAUGGAAGAACGAGCUGGCCAAGAAAUAAGACAAAAACUACAAGAAGUCAAUCUAUUUUUGCAGACGCAGGCAGCCUCCCAGGACAGAUUAGAACAAAUCAGAGCCAGUCAUCAUGCUUCACUGAGAAACCAGCUAAAACAUAGAAUUAGAGAUCUCGAAUGUGAAUUGGACAGGAUAAAAAAUACCCAACAAGACAAUCUUUUUCAAAAAGAAUCCACACAGGUAGAAGUGGAAAGGUACAAAGAGCUGUAUCUGGAGGAAGUAAAAAAUAGAAGAUGCCUAGCAAAUAAACUGGAAAGAGCUAAUGAGAGACUAGCAGAAGCCAACGCUAAACUCCUUCGAGAGCGCCACAGAAACAAAUCUUUAAUAGCAAGCAGCUUUGUCAGUGGAGGUCUGGCUGCAAGUCCAGUUCUGUAUUCAGCUGAACCGGGACAUCUUGGCAACAAUUUGGCACUCAACAGAAGUCUGAGUCUAGGAGGAAGCUUCCUAAGCCCAGCUGGACACACAUUAUCAUCAAGAAACAGAGCUGAAGCCUAUGUGGCCAAGGUAAACAUUUUGAAAUACUAUUCUCCACCACUGCUAAAGAGUAUCC